CCCCGGUCCCUGGCCUCCGGUCCCGCUCCGCCGUUCCGUCGACACUCGCUCGCCGCCGCCACCGCCAAAAUGUCUACAGGUGCGCCUGCAGGGCCCAGCGCUGCCUCUGGCGGCAAUCGGAGACUUCAGCAGACACAGAAUCAAGUGGAUGAGGUGGUGGACAUCAUGAGAGUCAAUGUGGACAAGGUGCUGGAAAGGGACCAGAAGCUGUCCGAGCUCGAUGACCGUGCAGACGCACUCCAGGCGGGAGCUUCCCAGUUCGAAACGAGUGCUGCCAAGUUGAAGAGAAAGUAUUGGUGGAAGAACUGCAAGAUGUGGGCCAUAGGGAUUAGCGUUGUGGUCAUCGUCAUCAUCAUCAUCAUCGUGUGGAGCGUGUCUCCAUGAAGAACCAGUGGACUCCAGCCUCCGAAACCUCAAGACUUUGACCUAGAAUCUGCGAUAGUAUCAAGCUUAUAUUCUGUAAUAUCUAAAAUGA